GAAAUUAUCAUGGCGGUUGUGGAUUCGCAACACACGCUCGAUUUUGCUGAUUUCGAUGAAGAUUGCACGAAUCACGAAGUGGAGGUAAUUUCUGAACUGUUGUCGAUAUUAAAGAGACGACUGCAAAGCUUUGGCGAGCUUGUCUGCAGCUUUUUUGUGGUCGAUUUGGGUUUUCGUGCAGAGCUUGCGAGCAAAUGUUGUUUUGUUUUGGUGGUAUGGUGCGUAAUAUGGAAAUAGCUAAUUGUUAAUCGACGAAAGCAAUCUUACCAACAUUCGGUCUUUCCAAAUCCUUUGCAGGUUAAUAGCUUACAAAAGGUGAUCAAGCUUACGAAGGAAAAUCUACACAAGAUAGAAGGACAGGUUAUCAAUGUCCAGCACCCUCCGUCGAUUUUCUUGGAGGUGGGUGACAAUUUUCACUGGGUUGCACGCAGAAAAUAAUCAGAAAUUGGUCUACAAAGCACAGAUAGAGAAACAUCUUCGAAAUAUUUUAAGCUGUAGCAACCGCCAUCAGUCUGAAAAAUUCUUUUAUUUAAGCGUAUUUGCAUUUUCUGUUAAAACUAAAACGUUUUGCAGUAUUAUCUCAAUUUGUCAGCCAGGAUAUGAAUCGAAAUCUCGGCCACGAGAAAUUCAAAUUGUAAGCGAUGAAUUAAUACACAUAAUUUUAGCUUUUUCCUUCUGCUAUAUGACUACUCUACGAAAUCAUUUAAUUUUAUUUACAGUUUAUUUCCUUGCACGAUUGAUGUUGUUUUGCUUGGUGCGUGAGUCACAGACUAGACGCAAUGGUCUGCAAUCUUAUUUGUAUUUAUUCUCGAGAAAUGAAGUCAUUGCUUUUUGACGCAUUGUAAACUUGGUGAGCGAUAAGAUUUUGAAAUUUCGACCAUCCGUUAGGUUGAUUGAAUAUUUAUUUAGAAAUGCUCGUCAUGAUAUUUGACAAAGUCGAACAAGAAAUCAAGUUCACCGCUCGAGCAAUAGAUCGGCGAUUUGUUGUUGUUUGCCAGCUCUGAUUGACGAACAUGUUAAUUUUGAUUUUUUGGUGUGUUACCUCUUUAAAAAUUUUCACUGGUCGCAGUUACAUUUUAUCACCGUUUGAGAGCAGCCGAUGAGAACUUCUCAAAGAAAUUUGUGAUUUUCGAUUUUGAUCAUCAACAUUGGUAUUCGCAUUGUGUUCGUAAUGUCUUCAACAUUGUACGUCGCAAAAUAUUAUGCGACAUGGUUUGGUCUUAAUUAUUUUAAUCUACUUUUCUGUGUUGCUGUGAUGCUUUGGUGCCAGGGAAUUGACAUACGGUACAAUUCCGUUCUCGAAGGAAUCGUGCGGACGUGAGAAAUGGCUUAAUCUGUUUAUGUCGAUUUGAGUUCAUAAACAAUUCUAGUGAUAAAAGGUAAUUAGCCAGUAUUCUCUUCUUAGUCGCCACUGGCUUAUCUAUACGAUAUCUUGCGGGAGCGUAAAUUUGCGUUCGUAACAGAAUGUGUUCUUUAAAUGGAUUUUCUACUUCUAAGCGAUUAAAUUUGUUUCUCUGCUUAUUUUCUGAGUUACAAUUACGUACGUCGAUCAAAUAGCAUAAAACCGAUUACAACUUGAAUCCCCAUUUUACUAAGUCUGUUGACCAAUGUUAUCAUCAUGCUGUGCUGCUGAUUAGUGUCCUAACUUUCACAACUUACCACUUUAUUUCAAGUUGAUAUUUUGUUUCAGGAAUAUGUGGACUUGCAGAAAAGACUUACUGAGUUAACAACAAGAGAAAAGGUCCUAUUAGAGAGAAGAACAGCAACAUGCUCAACUUCAUCUGCAGAGCCCAGCCCCCAUAGUACAACCCCAUCUUCAUCUGGUGCUACAUCACCAAUACCAAGUUCAAGAAGUAGUUUUACUGGAAGUGAUCACCCAUUUUCACCUCCUCUACGUGCCCACAUAAGAGUGAGACUCCCUAAUCAUCAGUACACAGUGGUAUGUAAAUUUAUAAAAUGUGUGUGGUGUUUUUGAAAGUUAACCAGAUACUUGUACCUGUUGAGGGUGAAUGGGAGUUACCAGUGGUUGUAGGUCUUUUAUGUUUUGUUAUUACUUUGCUUCAACAGCUUAGAUUUUACACUAAGUUUUCUGUCAUUUGAGUUAUAGUGUGUUUAAGAACUGGACCGCACGAAAUUGUUACAGCAGAAUACAAACUAGAUUGCAUCCCCUUAGGAAGUGAAGCAAAGGAAAAUGGAAAAGGAAAUGGAAAAGCAAGAUCCCUGCUCAGAAUGAAAGCAUAACUACUAAUAAUAUUCAGCAACUGAGAACUUGCAUCAGUAAUUAUUUCAACUCCUUUUCAACAAAAUGUACAUGCAAGUCUUGGUAAUAGGGGACAGGGAGUUUAUUUUGGCUGCAAUAUUUGUAAACUAAUAAACUUUCAGAUAGUUGGUCCCCAGGCUGUUAGUAGUUUAUUUUAAUGGGGAACAAAGACUCUAACUUUUGUUGGAAGUAAUCAUAAGGAACUUUAUUGUGUCCUGAAAUUAUUAUUUUUUUGUAUUAAUACAAUUACAUUGAAUAACCAUAGACUUCUGCUCUUGAUUAGUUGGCAGAAGUCAAAGAUAGUGUAUUGAUCUAUUGGAAGGGUUUUCUGUGUAUUUUUAAAGGAUAAUCUGCAGUAUUAAACAUUUCAUUAAAAUAGUUUUGUAACAGGUAAAGGACAAUGCACUGUACAUGUAUCAUUCAUGUGCAUUGUACUUGUAAAAUUUUGCAUGCUUGAUGCUUGUGCAGUUCCCACCCAUUUAAUGUGAAAAACACACCCAGUGCGUGUCACUGCAAAAAAAUGCUCGCCCUCUUGGUUACCCUUUUAUGACCACAUGGUUGCUGAAGUGGUUUACCAAAUGUUCUGAUUUGAUGGACUUAAUGCAAAUUUAGUUGUUUUUUUGGCCCCAUACUGUGGCCACCAGGUGGCCAAUUUGUCUGGCGCACACACAACACAGUAAAUAGUCACGGAGUGCCUCACGAAACUUUAAGGGAUGAUUAGUGAUUCUGAUUUGCAGAUGUUCAUUUUGUAACACAGGUAAGGAAAAAUUGCUAGCCUGUGUUUUGCAGAUUUUACAGAGUAUUUUGUUUUUUUAAGGUUAAGUGCAAACCAGACGUGACGCUGAGAGAAGCAUUAGAUAAAGGAAUGAGAACAAGAGGUCUAGCACCAGAGACUUGUUUAAUAUGUAAUUUUCAAACUAGGUGAGUUUUGACGUUAUGCACGUACACCACUAGUGACCUUAUCAUUUAUCAGUUUGUAAAACACUGACCUACAGUACAGCUGAAAUGUAAGUUGACAUUCCUGACUUGAAACUUGAUCCUUGUUACUCAAAAGUUUUGAGAUUGGGGACUUGAGUUGUGAAUGUUUAGUUUCAAUUUUAGAAGAUCAAAUGUUUUGAGGAUCUUGAUGUCAGGAUAUAAAGAAUACAGCUUAAUUCUUGAAUGUAGGACAUAAAUGAUAACAGAGUGCUUGAUGUUCUGCCUCCUUUUAUCGCGGCCUAACUUGAUUGAAAAGUAUGAAAACAAAUUCCAUACUUUCCAUUUUGCCACUAGACUGAAGUGGCUUCCCAUGAAGCUAAUAACAGACAGAAAAUGCCUUCAUAUCUCUAUUACACUCACAUUCGAACUACUGAGCUUAGUCAGUAGGACUAUAAAACAUUUUUUCUUCUCUUUUGUAUUGAAAAAUAGUCUCUGCCUUGCAACCAAGACUCACUGCUGGUAAUAAUACAAACAAAAACAAAUUUUUUCAACAGUUUUUCAUACAUUUCUUCUGUAAGUUGUACUUCAUCUGACAAACUUUUUUUUUUUUUAAGGAAACCCUUUCAUUGUAACAAGUACUUACUAAUCUACACAACAGACAUUGAUUAGUGGCCAGCUGGCAUAAUGCCAUUGUCUGAUGUCUCGAAAACUUUUAUUUUGGGAAUGUAUUUAGGUUUGUCAAAAUGAAUUCUAAUGAAUUUGUUUUGUAUUUUUUUUUUUUUCAAAGAGAAAACUGACCUAUGCUGUAGUUUGAAAUUGUCUUAACCUUACAACACAAACACAAAAAAUCUCACAGAACUAUAUAUGUAUUACUCCUCAAGGCUCACAGUCAAACCAUGGAAAGACAGCACAACCUAAAAGGGUGUGAAACUUACAUUGUAUCUGACAUGUUUAGUGAAAUACGAUAAAACAAGUUUGAAGAUUCAAAAUGAGCUCUCUAAUAUUAUAAAAUUAACAUAUUAAGCUAUACAAUAGACAACAGGAUUCAUUCUGCAAGGAGUUUGUUGAUUACAGUCUAUCGUUUUUUGAACAAGUUCAGAAAUUAGUGAGAUGUUAAAUGAAAACAACUUCUUUAACCAAAGUAACAUUUAAAAGACACAUUAGUUGAAAAUGGAAGGAUAAGCUUUGGAAUUUAAUGAAGUCAAUGUUAAUGAAUUGCAAGAGCCUUGAGGCUUGAGGGAGUGUCAACUUUCAUUUCAGCCACACUGUCAAUAAUGUUUGUAUUAGAUAUACUGUAGUGGGGUGUACUGUUGUUAAACAUUUGUCUCAGGGACAUUUACCUUCUCUAAAACAUCAAUACACAUAAUGUUUUAGUACUGUAAUAAAUUACCUAGUUUUAGAAAUUGUUUUAUAACAUCACUCAUCAUUUGGUAAAAGAGGAAACUAAAAUGAAAAGAGAUUUUGAAGUGAGUUGAUCACCUGAAGUAAAAGAUUCUCACAAUUACAUUUUUAAUAUAUUUGUGAGCAGAGUCACCAUAAAGGCUCAUUUCUUUGCUGUUGGUGUCCAGUGAAUGGAAAAGCAAUUAUGAGUUCCAGGUUGUUAGCUGAUGACAAAAUUAAACUAGUUAUGAAUUUUUAUGAGAUAUCAAAUUUGAUAUGGUCACCAUGAAUCUUGGUUGCCAUUACAAUGAAAGGACUUAAACAGGGGCCACCUAACAGUUUCCAACAACAGGGCUUUCAAUAAGUUUCAAAGUACCUAGAGGGCAAAUAAGGAAUAAUUAAAAUGGCAAUUUUGUAGUGGAUGCCAUGUUUUUUUGUCAGUUUACAUGUAGUUAUGGGAGUUUUUCAGCUUAGCAGUCUCAUAGCUUUCAGAGAAGUGCUCACAAAUCCUUAAGCAAAAUCUGAAUGAGGAAUCACACAUUUAGACUUGUUGCUAGUAAAUUACGCAUUCAAUUCCACUCCACUCCAAUUCCACAGAUGUACAAAGUACUCUGACCGAGUCUCAAUAAUUGUAUCAUUUUUCAUCAGCAAUUAUGUUGAAAUGAGUUGAAAGUGGCUGGCCAAAGAUGGCAUACUUGCCAUUGGUUUGGUGGGCUAUAUACUGUUGGUUUUGGUGGGCUAAUUGCUAUUUUUGGCAGCUCUGUGAUUAUACCAUGAUACAAUAACCUUAAACCAAAAGAACUAGAGUUUGUCAAUUUCAUAUCAGUAACAGCUAAGGCCAGUUGAAGAUCACUCUUAGAUGGGAUAAAAUCAAGGCUGAUACCAAAUCUGCUCAGCAUUUUCUUUCACAGGAGGAAAUUCAUUGUUGCUAGUGAGAUACAAUUGCUGAAAUAAAGUCUAGAUCUGCAGACAUGCAUACACUGUACUUGCUGCACCAUUCCCCACCUUUAUGUAAAGCUCCUCUCUUCUCAAUGGUUAGAACUUGCAAACUAAUUCUGUGAGUUAAUUUUGUUUUUUGCACAGAGAUAUUAUUAGGUGGGACACUGAACUGUCAAACCUCAUGGAUGGAGAAGAGGUAACCCCAGGAAAGAAUAUUAAUUAUUUAUGAGAAAACUUUAGUUUCCCUCCAUGUCCACAUGGAGGGGAAUUUUCAUGAAUUAAACUUUGAAAAAUUGACUGGCAUAACAUCCAUCAAUUAGUUCUAUGUGCACAAGUGUCUGUAACAAUGCCAACAUUUUAAAAUCAAAAUGGUGAAAGAUUUUUCAUGGAAGGGCUUUAAUUUUUUUUGCUUUCUUUUCUUUCAAACGUAAUUGUUUCUAAAGAGACUCAAAGAGUUUUGAAGAUUCCAAAUGGACUUCUUAUUGAGCAUUAUUGCCAGUACUUUUCCUCAUUAAUUGGAAAGCUCUGGUUGGAUUUUAUAGUAACAUUGAUUUUAAGCCAGCACUUAACAUAUCUCAAGCUGCAGGUUGUUGAGAGUAAUAAUGUAAAGAAAAUGACCUGUUUAGAAGAAAUUUGCUUGCAAUUAGUAGUUGUGAAGGGUGCCAGUUACAAAGGGUGAAUAAAUGCAUUUUGGAAAUCUCUGGCGAAUGGAUUAGAAUGAUACAUGUAGUUACAUACAUCAACUGUUUUAUUUGAUGUACCAUUCAUGUAACCUGUUCCUUGAGGCCAAGGAAAAAAAAAAGAAACAUUGAUAGUAGUUUUCUGCAAUUGAAGUUCAAGAUCUGAAUAAUUUGGAAACUGUUACACGUGUUUAACCCUUUGCAUGUGCAAGAAUGUUCCUUUGCAUGUUGCUAACAAACUGUUUUAAUCAUCUUUGCAGCUAUCAGUUGAGAGAAUUGAUGAUCUUCCGACUACUGGCCAGUUUAACCACUCUUUUGUAAGUCUGAAUAAUUUUUGUUGUUUUUGGUUUUAUCCUUUUGUAGUGUGAUAUGUACUGGAUAACAGUUAAUUCUAAAUACAUCAAUUUCCUGCCAAUAGUUAAGAAUCAGUCCAUGCAUAGCAUGUGUGCAUCAAGUUAUGGAUGCAUACAGGGAGUUUGGAUAGCACUAGAGAAUUGCUUUUUUGAGUGUUCUCCAAACCUCCCAAGUGCAUCCAUAACUUGAUAUAUGUAGAGCUAAAACACAAACCAAUUUUUUUAUAACAUUACAUUCAGACAAGUUGUGCUCAAAAAAAAAAAAAAAAAAAAAAAAAAGUUUACUACUUGAACAACUGUGUCUGGUUUUACCUCGUAAUCGUGUUCUACCCAAAAACUACACAUAAAUGCCAAGGCAGAAAUGACUAAGAAAUAUUUUGUGACCAAUCUCUAUUCAAAGAUUUGAUAAUUUUCUGCUCCGAUGCAAAAAAAAAAAGCAAAUUUCUUGCAUGUAGAAGACCAUGUACAGUAGCAUGCUUUAAUUGUUGUUUGCUUGAGUUCACAGCCAGAAAAUUGCAUAGUUUAAAAUUUUGAAAAUUCUGAAACCGUAUGGUUUGAAAGUUAAAAUCUUCCAUUGUGUGAUACUUUUAGGAAAUAUCAACACUAAAAAAUAAUGUUAGCCAUUCAAAAAGCAAAGUAAAAACUUAUGAAUUUCUUGCAUUUAUGAGACCUGUUAAGUUACUGGGAUGUGAUUAGACAGGAACUUUUAGUUAAAGUGAAACUGCACAUGAACAGUUGUGCAUGCAGAAGGAUUUUUACCAUGGUAACUCCUUAGGAAUUAAGUAGUACUUGAGUGUAUGCUUUGUUAUAAUAAUCGUUGGUUGUAGAGAAGUAAGAAUUAAAAUUAGCACAAUAGUCCAUUUUACAAUUGUGUGCGUGGUUGCCAAGCCUUUGAACAGGUGUGAGGCCAAGGUUAACUUUUUUAUGAUACAAACCUUGCUACUUUUCAAAUGCAAAUUACUAAUGUUAUAAUGCUAACUAGGUUCUUGUCUCUAUCACAACAAGGUGACCCUCAGCCUCACUCCAAAUCAAAGGCUUGGCAACUAAGUACACAGAUGUAAAAUGGCCUAUUACAGGAAACUUAAGCUGUGCAAUAAUCAAUAUUUUAGGUAUAUUUUCAAGUAAAGAGAUGGAGAAAAAUUGUAGUGUAAGAUUUUACAUAUAAUCAAGACAAACUGGGUUAGGGAUGUUACCAGUGCUAAUGAGACUAAUCAAUGCAAUUUUUUUUGCAGGCCAAGAAAACAUUUUUAUCUUUCCCAUUUUGCGACUGUUGUAAACAGCGUCUAUGGAUUGGAUACAGGUAAACAGUCCUUUCAUUUUUUUUCACUUCAAUUCAUUGAAAGGCUUUCACUUUUCCUCACAUUUUGGCAUUGUAUGGUGUCCUGGAUAUCCUUUGUUCAGUUCAGCAGAUACUUCGACCAUUGUGCUUGUAUUGUGUAAAACAGUCCCAUUCAUUUAGUUUUUAUUUUUAGCAUUUGACCUUGUUGUUUUUCAAUUGACAUUUUAUAAAUAAAUCUUGGGUUUUGCAUCAUAGAUGUCAGAUUUGUGGUUACAAAUUCCAUCAAAGGUGUGCAGCAAUUGUUCCUCCCUAUUGUGAGGAAGCUUUCGUAGGGUGAGUUUUAAUAUAACUUUUUUUUUAAAUUUACAGUUUUCUCAAAUAUAGUGCACUCACAGUACAUGGAUAUGAUUUAGUUUGAGAAUUAUUUGGUAAAAGUUCAAAUUUUUUUAUGAAUGAUUAUUUCAAAUUUAAGUUACAAUGGUCAAGAGCCCUUGGGGCUAUAUUUAAAGGAAAGGGAAUACUUCUUUCAUUGUAUGCAGGUUAAACUACUGUAGGUAUUUGACUCUUGAGUGAGUUGGAUAUUUUAGGAUAGAUUGUAUGUAAGGAAAAUAGUUCUGCACAUCUCAAGAAAAGCAUCAGUGGUCAUCAUGGUGUUGUCCUGUGCAUGGUUUUGUCAGGAAUCAUAGAAAAGGAAGGAGGCUGAUCGAGCUAAACAAGGCUUUGAGAAGGCAGCCUGCCUGUAGCAAUGUAAUUUUUAUUUCAAAUGUUUUUCAUUAGUUCCAGACCAGAUUAAUUUGCAUCAUGGUACAUAAAUAGAAAGAUUUAAAAUUGAAAGUGUUCUUUCUCUUUAUGAUAAAGUAUGACCCUUGUGCAAUCUAAGCUGUAAAUUAGUGCAAGGAAAUUUGUGACAGAUAACCAAAAUCAUUGCAAAAUAAAAUUUGAAUAUUGUAUGUCUACAUCUGGCAAUUUGUUUUUAGGAGAGACUUUAAAGUGCUGUGGUAAAUAGUUUAAUUUGCUCUUGAAGAGCAACAAUACCCAUGAGCACUAAUUAGCAAACAAGCCACUCGCAAUUUCUUAUUGUUAUUAUGAUUAUUAUGAUUAUUAUUUUUAUUAUCAUCAUUAUUAUUUUUAUUAUCAUCAUUAUUAUUAUUAUUAUUAUUGUUAUGUUAUUAUUUCUAUAUAAUAUUAUACUUACCUUUGUGGAGAUCAUGAUUGUAUCCAACGACAUCUUAGCUAGUAAUGUAGUAAAUGCAAAACAAAGGUUUUGUAAUGUCUUACUCAUUCUUAGCAGUAAUUGUAGACUGUCUUUACUUAGGGAGGAAGACAUGUGUAUGUAUUGGUUUGAUUGGAUGGUGGAAAAAUGGAAUAAUUUGAAAUUGUUAGUUUGAGGAUGGCGUGGCUUUUCCUUUAUUAUUUUUGUAUCUCUCUGCUCUAUAUCACAAGGAUAUCCACCAUACAUAUAUAUACACAUGUAGUUUUCUGAUAUAGAUCAAAAGUUUUCUUUUGCUUGACUGAUUCACUCAUAAUCUUGCAUUCACCUUUGCCAUACUGAAACUAUAGGCCAGUAACAGAGACAGAUCUUAGGGAUGUGGAGAUAGUGGGCUAAGAAAGUUGUGAAGGAGAGACUUCACUCCAUACCUAUAACACAUCAAUGUCCACUCAUUAGACACCACUAAGAAAGUUAUUGAAAAUCAGUGAAAACAGGGCAACAAGUUCCUGGGAUAAAUGCUACACUGCAAUAAUGUGUCUUGUAGGACUAUGAUUGAAAAUUGUAUUACCAGUAUAUGCCCUUUCAAUCAGUGGAUCUAUGGCUCUAAUUCGAACUGGGUUGAACUCCUGUAAUUGAUUGUAGGGACAAAUUCUGUUGUAGAGACCAUGCUUUUCACACACUUCCUCCAUGUUUCUCAAGGCAAAUUGUUGCAGUUGCAAUUUGUCUAUGGUGGGGUGGGUCAUAGGUUUCUUUGACCUUUCACUCAGGUGUCACGAACUGAAGAUCUGCCAUGGCUUUUGUUUGUGUCCAGUGGCUAUGAUGUCAUCUUCCUUCUUAGCAAAACACAAUAAUGUUAAAUACAUGAAUUUCAUCCAUUUAUGUAUGUAGAGCAUCUUGGAAUUCAUAUGCUCAACAAUUGGCUGAUUAUGAGGAAAGUUGAAGACUCUGUUGUUAAUUUUUUUCUUUCAGUGUAGGGUCUUGUGAGUUGAUUUUGUUGUGGGAGGAAUGUUAUGGCCUGCUUUUUCUACAUUCUCUAGCUCUGUUUCUGCUCAAAUUCUUGCUAGUUACAGUUUUUCUUACUAUAUUGAAUAACAAAAAAAAAUGGAAACAAACUAUACAGUGUACUUAGAAUAAGGGAAAUUAUCAUUAUAUUUUCAUUUAUCACCAUAUUCUGCUAAAUUGCACUGAUCACAUUGAUGUGUUUUUUUUUGUUUUUUUUGUUUUUUUGAGUCACACAUUAUCUUUUUACCAUAACUAUGGCAUAUCUCAAAAUAGAUCUUCACUGUGGGUAAUGCAGGAGAACCCUGUAAACUUGAACUCUCAAGAGAAACAAAAAAAAAAGGGUUUGAGUUAGCAGGGUUUUGAGUUAGCUGAUAAUAAAUUACUGAACAAAUGGGGUCAAGGGAAGUUGGAUCUCGUUCAAGUUCCCUGUUGACAAAGUUCAAGUUGGUGGGUUCUACUGUUGUGCAUAGUAGGUACAUGUAGUAAAUUCCUGUUUUUACAUUUUAGGUUACUCUCAGAGAAACAAUUUGACUUCUUUAAUGUAGAGGACAAUGGGUCGGACAUGGCAGCAAAUGAAGUAUUUUCCAAAUCAAGAGAACGUUCAAUAUCUGCUCCAGAUGUUUACAGAUAUAGAAUCAUAAGUGGAAAAGGUUCUUUAAAUGAGGUUUGGAGAACUGCUUGAUUUAAAGAAUUGCAAAGAGUGGCAAAGUUUUGGCAAGCUCUAUUAUUUUUUUUUUAAAUUUUUUCCCUAUGCAAUGUAUUUUUUAUUUAUUUCCCCCUCUUCUCCAUUUCAGUGUUGCCUGGUUUUGCAAAAUAAUCACUUAUUCUUGCAAUAUUGUUUGGGGGAAAAGUUGGGGAAAUUUAAUUUACUCAAUAGAGAUGAAUUACGAGAUUGUUUUGUUUAUCAUGUUGAAUGGAGGUGUGCCAGCCACUUUUCCCACACAUAGUAUGUUUAUAUUUAAAUUAUGGAAUAAAAGUGUGAUAACUAAUUAGAAAUGAACCAGGAAGGGGCUUAUGUGGUGGUGUAUUCAUACAUGUAGUUUGCAACAUAUUAAACUAUGAAUGACUGUAAAUAUGUGAAAAUCAUAUGUUCAUAACUGCGAGGAUCGUUUUCAUAUUCGUUUCUUCAAUCGCAGUUCACAUUUAUAUGAUUUUCAUAUAUUUACAGUCAUUUAUUCACCACUUUGAGGGUGUAUUUGAAUCAACAUAAUAACCAGCUUCCAGUUGGCUUGUCAGCUCAGUUUGUAGAGUGCUGCAUCGGUAUCUCAGAGGUCAUGGGUUUAAAUCCCGUACGGGCCUGAAUAUUUAACAAAUUGCAGCUGACCACAGCCUUGCAUGCAAGCUGUGCGUUCGACACUGAAGAUGGUAGUGAAAAGGUUUUCUGGUAGCAUAUUGCAAAACAUGCAGCUUUCUCAGUAGUUGUCUCAAUUACCAGGUCUUUACACACUGUAAGACAACUUUGUUUGUCGUUUUGGUAAAAUUUAUGUUUUAUCUUUCAUCCAUAGGAUCGAUGCGGACCAUUUGUUCCCACAUUUGGCAAGGAGAGUUCACCAACAGUAUCAAGUAAGAAUCCUGUGGUAGGGUAGAGGCUUAGGCUUAGGGUUAGGGCUAUUCUGAUAACAGAAUAAAGGGGUAAGUUUCUAAAGAAACUGUGGUUCUGAGUCGGUGGGAGAAUAUAACAGGGUAAUUUAAUAUUAUUAACUGAGUUGAUUAUGUAAUUUGGCCACCACGAAGAGUUUAAAAGCUGACCUUUCGAGCGUUAGCCCUUCGUCAGAGCAAUUAAGAAGGGCGAACGCUUGAAAGGUCAGCUUUUAAACUCUUUACGGUGGCCAGUUUACGUUAUCAACUCAGUUGAUGAUACUAAAUUACUCUAUUCUGGUAAUAGUAGUCUAGUUUGUCUCAUGGCUAUUUUGCAAAUGUGCUAAAAACCGGUGUCAAUUAUUCAUGCUCUUCUGUUUACAAACCAGCUUUUUUCUCUUCAUUUUAUUGUUAAAUCUUAUCCUGUGUCUAGCUUUUUGAAGUAAAGUAUUUAACGUUGUGGUAAUUUAUAAACUGCAAAUAAUGUUUCUGCAGCGGUUGAAGCCAGCAAGUUACUGCUGAGGAGACACAGCCGGACUUCAAGUGUUGGUAAUGCCAAUCCAAGAUUGUUCGCCAACAAUUCCUUAGUGCCAAAUAAUGAGCACACCAACAGGAUAGAACACCCUAUUGCGAAGUCUGUACCAAAUGGCACUGUAAUGUGCCACUCACCCUCCAGCCCUCAAAAACCCAAGAAAUCGGUAAGUUCAACAAUCACUGCUCAAGAAGACUGUAUGAGGAAGAUUAGGGUUUAGUCUGCUUUCAAGAUGACCCAUAUUGCUGGAGUCCUGAUUUCAAUGAAGUGAAGUGACUUGGGGUACCACUACUCCUCUUGUGAAUAGGUUGUCAAUUCAGAAAAGAAUUGUAGAGGUGUCCAUGAUACAGGAAAAAUUGAAUAAUGGAGCAAAUGAAUAAUCAAGCAAAUAAAUUAUUGAAUAAAUAAAUAAGAAAUGAGAAAUGCAUGAGUGGGAGAAUUACUUCGUGAAUUGGAGAAGAGAUGAACAUGAAAACCUGAUACAUUUUCAAUGAGUACUCGAGGAGAGAAACAUGUAUUAACUUGCUUUGCAGCUAAGUAAAAAAAUAAGAAAUGCAGUUUGUUCAUUUUUUGUUGUUAUCACAAGCUUUUUGAAGAUAGACGUAAUUAAAAUUGUGUAAAUUUCUGUUAGUUUCUUGAUUGUAGAGUUAAUUGCAUCGUUUGACGAUGGCUAGUGGUUAUCGUUGUUUUGAAAUCCAACUACAAAUAGAACUUCAUGCUUCUUUUUUAAGAUGCAGCGCAUGCGAACUAACUCCACAGACGACUGGGAAAUCCCAGAAGGUGAAGUUCAUCGCGGACCGAGAAUAGGGUCAGGUUCAUAUGGAACGGUUUACAGAGGGACAUGGCAUGGUAUGCCUUAAUACGUCUAUUAUAUCCUGAUAACUAACAUCGUGCAGAGCACUCACACACUGUUGAAACCACACUAUAGUCCAUGGAAUCGGUAUUGUUGAAUCAGUAGACAACUACACGUACUUGUGUAGGCUUUGUAUGAUGUUGCUUUGUUUUUAAUCUUUAGGGGCAGUGGCUAUUAAAACGUUAAAUGUGUCGGAACCAAGUCCUCAACAGUUACAGGGAUUUAAGAACGAGGUAGCAGUAUUGAGGUGAGUACGGAGAUGUAACUUGGUCUAUCCUGUGAGAUAGCGUCAAUCAAUGCCGAUAACAUUCCAGCCUUCGUUAAAUUUGCCGCUGAAGCUAAAAAUUGAUGUGAAACUGGACGGGAAAACUGAUAUCAGCCCUCCAAUAAGAAUUAUUCAGUUAGGUGUUUUUUUAAGCUGUGAAAGUGAAAUUUCGAAUAUGAUUCAGGCGUUUUUAGGCUUGCGGUAUAAUACUUUAACCGUGAGUGAAAUGGUAAUUAAAGUUAAAGACAAAAGUCAAUAAAUAUGUGAAGUACGAUCGUAUAAAUUUAUUUUUGCAUCCUUGCUAAAUUAGUUUUCCCAGUAUUUCCCCCAAAUACUCUUUUUUUUUCCUCUCUUCCGUAAUGCAUAGUAAAUCGUUUUAUUUUCUCUGAUCAUGGCUUAGGGUUAUUGUGUUCUUAUCUGAUAAUCGAUCUUGUUCCGCAGGAAAACGCGUCACGUCAACAUUCUGUUAUUUAUGGGCUGUAUGGCCAAACCAGAACUAGCGAUUGUGACACAAUGGUGUGAAGGCUCCAGUUUAUACCGUCAUCUUCAUGUCACAGAAAGUAAAUUUGAAGUUCUACAGUUGUUGGACAUUGCUAGACAAUCAGCACAGGGAAUGGAGUAAGUUUAAUUUUUCUAUGCUUCAAAUAGUUGGUAUCUAUUUUAAGAAAAAUCCACUCUUGUGAUGUAAAAUACGAUCCAGGAGUGGGUGAAUCGAGGAGAGUGUCAUUAUAGAGCUUUUUGUAGUUGGUACAGUUUAUAGCCUUAGCUUGUACUCCUAAUACCGAUUUCCAGAGGUGAUCGCCGUCUUUCAUGGCUGAUUGUGAAACUGUUAAUAGUGUUGAUCUUUCUGGCUCUUGAUAAUGAUAAAUACUUAUCGUAAGAAUAAUUUACGAGAAGCUUGCCAGCUGGUUCUCAUAGGUUCGGCUGCACAGUCUACCGGGAACGAUUUGGACAUCACUGCUCCUUGCGUCUGCUCGAAGAAGGUGUCAGUAAAUUAAUUUUAUCCUCUCUAUAGAGGGGAUAUUUCCCCUCUACAUUCUAACCCAUUUCUGCAAUUGUGAGACAUGGACCGUUAAGGGUCUUAGCUUUGCACUGAUGGAUAUCUUUUUUAUCCACAGUUAUCUUCACGCGAAGUCUAUAAUCCAUAGAGAUCUCAAGUCAAAUAGUAUCCUUUCGUUAAUAGACACCUCUUUGUCAUGACGUUUCAAUUUCUUUAAUGAGUCUCACUCUAUGACUAGUUAUAGUUUCUUCCUAUUGCGUCACUACUUUACCCAGUGGACAGGUGAAAAAACUAGUGGCGCACCAAAUGGUCAAACCUAAUGACAGAAUACAUAUUUUAGAAGUCAGUUAGGUUUGGGUUGUGGCGUCACUGUUAUUUUGUUGAUUUUUGUCGUGAUAUCCUUAGCUUUUUACAGACAUUUUUCUACAGGAGGACUUGACAGUUAAAAUAGGUGACUUUGGUUUAGCGACUAUCAAAUCACGGUGGAGUGGGAACCAGAAUUUCGAACAACCAUCCGGAUCCAUUCUGUGGAUGGUAGGUUCUUGAACUGUUUUUGAGGUUUUUUUUCUGUUAUCAUGUCGAGUGGUAUGUUGCUUGCACCAAUCAGAUCGCCGCAUUUGGGUAUGUAUCUCGCACCAAUCAGAUUGCUGCAUCAGGGUAUGUAUUUCGCACCAAUCAGACUGCCGCAUUAGGGUAUGUAUCUCGCACUAGUCAUAUCACAGCAUUUGGAUAUCUUGCACCAAUCACAGCGUUAAGGGUAUGCAUCUCGCACCAAUCAUCUCACAGCUUUCUUGCAAAUGAUGUCAAGGAAUCAGGGGGCUGUACACAAAGUAUGACAUAAACCAUAAAUUUGGGCUAAUGUUGAUAAGUGUAAUGGUUUGUGGCCUUCGCGAUAGCCUUGUCGAUCAAGGUCGGGAUAUGAAAGGUUCGCAUUUAACCUUUUUGCAUCAUUUUAAAGUUAAUUCACACUCAAGAUGUCCAUACUUCCUACUUCUCUAUCAUUGUAUUGUGGGUAACCCUUGUCGAUGUUGUGUAAGUGAUCAAGCCUUCCUCUUCCCCUCCUGCAUCCUGUUCCCCCCUCCCCUAUGAUGGAUUACAGUAGAAUCAAAGAGACAAAGCUCAAGAAUGCAAAGGUGGGGAAGAGGGUUUAGCCAUAAGAGUUAUGUCCAGGAUUGUACAUCCUUAAUGAAAUAAAGCAAGAGCGAUGCAAAGAUCGCGAAAAGUCAUUUCAGUAUGGGUGCUCGGUAUAGUCUCAGACAACAUCGACUGUUGAAUUACAAUGAUAUUAAACUAGGAUGUGUUGUCGUCACAAACGCAAGGUUAAGAGAACUGGCUCUCCAUACCUCUUCCAGGUUGAAAAUUUGCUUAUCAGUUACCGUUAUUACAUGAGCGGAUUGUCUGACUUGCCAUUAACGCAUCUCAAUAGUGUCGUCGAUUCAAUACCUGUCUUCUACAUUUAAUGUUUGCUUUCAUUUUCUUGAAGGGCUAUUUACUGUGCCGGUUGAUAUUUUUCAGACGAAGUUAUGGAAGGAACUUGUUUUCAAUUAAACGUUAGGUUUUUCAAUCUUCAUUGCAGGCGCCUGAAGUGGUUCGAAUGCAGGAUCCAAAUCCUUACUCAUUCCGUUCUGAUAUUUACGCUUAUGGAAUUGUACUUUACGAGCUACAAACUAGUAUGUUACCCUAUCCCCACGUAGGAAAUAAAGAUCAGGUUCGUAUAUCACUAAAUUUAUGAGUUUUCCAAUUGCAUGUAAUUUCUGACAUAUCGUGGUUAUUCCUGGGUAUUUCGAAGCACCAAGAGAAAAUAGUAGGAUUGUUUUCUGUGGAUUGCACGUUAUCACAGCUCAUUAUCGGUGCCACGUGUGAUAGGCUCGUGCAUAUUACAUAGAGACACAGAGACAGUCGCACAUUCACACAGAGAAGCCAGGAGAAGAAGGAAUUAAGAAACAUGUCUCAAAAUAGCCACCGGCCAAUAGCCAAUGUAGAAUGAGUGACUCAGUGAUGGUGGCUUAUUCGCGUGAUGAUUUCCAGGAGGCCGAGCUUCGUUUUCACGAAUCACUGAUGGCCUAAACAUUCGUUGUUUGAUCAGAUGCGCUUUGAGUGAAGGGAAAUGUGGUUUGUCUUUUGCUAAUCUUUUUUCUGUUUUUUGUUUGUUGGUUUUUUUGUUUGUUUUUUUUUUGCACAGAUCUUGUACAUGGUUGGUCGAGGUUUUCUUAGGCCUGACUUAAAUAAACUUCGAUCAGACGUACCAAAGAGUUUCAAAAAACUUCUAUCAGAUUGUAUCAAGUUCAACAGAGAUGAACGACCACUCUUUACUCAGGUCAGUGAACUUGUAUGAGUGAUGAUAGGGUAUAACCCGCGGAUGCCCGCACACACUCUUUAUGGUUACGGCCACCUUUUAAGUUAAGUGGUUUUCUUAAGAACACAAAACAAUGAUCGCAGCUCAGGUGCGUCUCUGAUAUUGAUUUCGUCAGAAACACAACGGACCCUUUUGUUACCUACAUACAUACUGGUUUUAUUUUUAAAGUAAGGUAUAGAUUUUUUUAAGUAUUUGUGGUCAGUGUUAAAGCCAACAUUUGUUUACCAGACUUACUAAGUUCGUUUUUUUCUAGCGGCAACUACCAUCUGUUAAAUAGUUUUUUUAAGCCAUGUCUUUCUCUUUACUGCAAGUACCCGUUACACAUUGGUUUUGUAUAAUCGGUUUUCUUUUUUUGCUGUUUUUUCUUUUCAAACUGUUGCUGUAGGUAUGAUUGUCAAGUUGAUAAUCUAAGUUGUUGGCAGAUCCAAUGCUUUGCUGAUAAAGUUUUCAAACAAUCCUUUGCAGGUUCUUGGAUCUUUAGAGUCCCUUAUACGAUCUAUGCCGAAGAUCCACCGAAGUGCAUCCGAACCCUGUUCCUUAAAUCGUGCUGGAAAGAUGAACUCAGAGAUCGGUUUCUUUGGGGCCCCACCCGAGACCCCUAUCAGUCCAUUUGGUGCGUACCAGCCAUUUUUCACUGCAGUAGCCGGAUACUAAAUGACGCAAGAAAAAACCGCCUUCUCUCCAAGCUCCGAGCUCUUUGUGAAGACAUGGUGCAAGUUGUAAUAUCUGUCACGCACAAUUUCGCGCGACGUACGUCAGGGAUGGUCACACAACUCAAUGUGUUUGAUAAUGUUACUCUCAGGGAGAGAGAAAAGUGGCCAGUUCAAAUAAGAGGAUGCUCACCUUGAAGCUUAAGGCACAGAAGAAAAAUCCAGCUGUUGUAUCUCACGCUAAAGACUUAAUUUAUUUUAGAGCGUGCGUAGAUAUACAUACACAUUCCUCAAGAUAGGAAAGCAGGGUGUUUAUACUGGAGGAUAUUUGUAGCGUUUCUGUUGCUUUAUGAUUCUAUCAAUAUCGGCGCAAUUGACUGAAAUGGAAAAAAUUAUCAAAUUAUCUCGAAAUGAAGUACAAUGUAACAUACGAGUAUGAAUUUGCCUGCUGCAGCGCUUUUCUCGGGGCGUGAAGCAUUUGCAAAAUUUUAUAAAGAAAUGAAAAAUAUAUAUCGGAAAAAUGGGCUCUAUAUGAUUGUGGAAGGUGUCAAGCUUGCUUGCUCUCUGAUUUUUGCAAGUUUUAAUUAAAGGCACCUAAAGAAGGAAAGAGAGGAAAUUCAUUGCUGGACGACCGAUGAACCAAAUAACGUUUUGUCGCAGACAAUGAAUGUUAAAGAAAUUUUGGCAAAAGUUCAAUCUUUGUUUAGUUUCGACUUAUUUUCAUCAAGAACAUACUACUGUUGUGUUCUCUUCUUCCUGUCAAGUUUAGAUAUUCAUUUGUAUUUAGAUAUUCAUUUGUCUGUCGACACCAGAAAACCACCUAUCUCGCUUUAGCCGCAUAUGACAAGGAGGAAACUUCGGAUGUUUAAAUUCGCUUUGAAUGUCAAUACUAGUCUCACUGAAUCGUCAACAAAUAAAAAGAAACAUGCCUUCGCAAGCGGGUGCGAUAUCGCAUGUUGUGAGUUUUAUAUGUGUGUAUCGCUGAUCUGUGUAUUUGAAUUCGUGAGUAAUUUUUCAAGAUUUUGUUAUCAUUCCACGUUAUUUUAUAGUGUAUAUGUGACUUUGAAGCACUGCGUGUUGAAGUAAUGCUGUGCAUUGACCACUUCUUUUAACUUGUCUUCAGAAAUGAAUAGUCUCCAAUCAUAGGCGCGCACUGUGUGCGAAAAUUAGAAUUUUUUUGACGUAGUGAUGUAAGUAAUACGGUUGAUGGGCUAGUUAAUAGAUACCUUUAUUUUAAUGAAAUGCUGUAUUUGUGUACAAAUUUUGCAGACGAGGCUUUUAAAUGAAAUUGCGCAAAGUUCAAAGUAUCAUCUCCUAACUUAUAAAAUUGUAUAUUUU